AUGAAAAAAAAAGGUCAUAAAUAUGAAGAUGAAAAAUAUUAUGAAAAAAAGAAAAAUCAUAGAACAAAUUCAAAACAUAAAUAUAUGAAGUCAUCAAAUAAUAAAAAUCUUUUGGAAGCAGAUUUAUUUAAGUAUGAUGAACAUUAUGAAGAAAAAGUUAAUUUAUCAAAAAAUAAAGAAAAUUAUAAUUAUUCACGUAAUUUAUCAAGCAAAAGGUCUGUAUCAUACGAAAAAAAAAAAAAUAAAAAAAAAGAUUUGGAUUUAGAAAUAAAUGAACAGAAAUAUUCAGAAUUAAAAAAUGAAGAAAAAAAGAAUGCUGAUUUAAAAAGUGAUUUGAAAAUAUUUGAUGAAAUAAAAAAUGAAGAUAAAAGAAAGAGUGAAAAUAAAUAUGAUAGUAGUAAGUAUGACAAUAAAAAUUAUGAAAAAAAAAGUGAAAAGAAAAAGGAAAAUUAUAAAAAGCAUGAUAAUAAAAAGAAGGAAGAAAAAAUUAUAGAACAUAGUAAAAAGAAAGAUGAAGACCGAAAAAAUUAUAGAAAAUAUGAAGAAGAAAAAAGAAAACAUGAUAAAAAAUAUGAUAAUAAAAAGCAUCAUGAGAAAAAAGACGAAGAUUGCAAAUAUGAAAAAAAAAAGUAUGAAUACAAAAAAUAUGAAGAAGAAAAACGUAAGAAGAUAAAAACAGACGAUAGGAAAUCUGAUUUUAAGAAGAACGAAGAAAAAAAGAAUGACGAUAAAAAAUAUAGCAAAAAAAAAAGUACUGAUAAAAAAGAUAUAUAUAAAAAAUAUGAAGAAAAGAGAAAAGGAAAAUUAAGCUAUGAUAAAAAAUAUGAAGAUUCAUAUACCAAUGAAAAAAAUGAUUAUGAUAAAAAAUCAUCUAGUUAUAAAUACAUAAAUAAGCAUAGAAAUGUUUCUAUUAACAGUAAGAGAAUAUAUAGGUAUAAUGAUCAUAAUUAUAAUUCGUUAUCAUCUGAUAACUAUUCCAAACAUAGUAUUAGUAAAAAAUUAAAAAGUGAAAAUAAAAGUAGAAGCAUUAGUAGCAAUAAACUAUUUAAUAAGUACAGUAGAAAAAUGGAAGAUCGAAAAUUAAACAAUUUGCUUUAUGAAGAAAAAUAUAAUAAUAAUGAUAGUACUAGCAAUUUCAAUAAUUACAAUAAUGUCAAUAACAAUGGCAUGUUUAAAAAUGCCUACAAUGUUGAUGACGAUUUAAAAUCCGAUGGCUAUAAAAAUUACAACAUAGAUAUGAAAAAAAGAUUUGAAAAAGAAGAUUUUGAAAAUGAUUAUGUAACAACAUACAAUCAAAAUUAUACGUGGUUUGAUUCCAAUUAUAAAGAUAAAAUGAAAAACAAAACAUUACACAAUUUUUUCCAUGAUGAUGAUCAAAAAGUAGGAAAUAAAAAAAAUAUGAAAUUUAGAGAUUAUAAGAUGAAAAAUAUGAAAAACAGAAUUACAAAUAAUAUGUAUAAUAACAACUUGUUAAAAUCAUCUGCUAAUGAAGAUUUUGAAAAAAAUAAUUAUAUUAAUAAUAACAAAAUAGAUGAUAAUAAUAGUAAUAAUAUACCUAUGAAAAAUUAUAUGAAUUCAAAUUCAUCCAAUAUUUUAGGAAUGCAAAAUAAUAAUGCCGUGUCCAUGAUGAAUUACAAUAACAUAGUGCCUUCAUCAUUUAAAAAUAAUAUUAUGAAAAACGUAAAUAAUAUAGUUUAUAAUAAUGAUAUGAUUUACAACAGAAAUAAUAAUAUGUAUAAUGAAAAUCAGAUUAAUAUAAUGAAUAAUUCUUCUAUAAAUAAUAGUAAUAUGAAAAAUUCUUCAUCCUUAAUGGUGAACAAUGCUAUUUCUAAUAUGCAUGAAGAUCAUAGAGAUUUUUUUAAUGUAAAUAAAAAGAAAAUUAUAAAACAAAAUAACCAAACAGAAUCUAAUAACUUAAUUAUACCACCACCUCCAUUUAGUGAUAAUAGAUUUUAUAAUAUGAAUAUGCCAAUGAAUAAUAGAAAAUCUUUAAUAUUGUUGCCUAAUGAUAAUCAAAUGAAAAUAAAUAACAUAAACAAUACAAACAUGCUGAAUUAUAGUAACCCGAAUAUGAUAAAUAACAAUUCGAAUAUGCUGAGCAACAAUCCCAAUAUGAUAAACAAUAAUUUAAUGAAUAAUUUUAAUUCAAUGGAUCCUUUAAAAAAUAGACAAUUAAAGGUCCCUAAUAUAAAUAAUGUAAUGGGAGAUAUGGACCUAAAAGAAAAAAAUGUAGAAAAUAAUUUAAUUAAUGCAACCAAUAUAAAUCAGAUGAAUAUACCUCCUCCACCAGACUUAGAAAUGAAAAAAAAUAAAAAUAAAAUAGUAUCUAAUGCAUUGUUCAAUGACAAAAAUAUGCUAAAUUUUUGUAAUGAUAAUAAUUCUUCUCCUUCUCAGAGUCUUUCAAGAUUUAAUAAUUCAAUUAAUAGAAAUACAUUGUCAUCUCUCGGCAACAUGAAUAACAAUAAUAAUAUUAUGAAUAACCAAAAAAUUAAUAACGCAAAAAUUCAUGAAAAACAUGUAUCUAAUCCAAAUUUUGUAAUUUUUAAUGCAAAUAACAUGGUUUUAUCUCAAAAUAUGAACGUUCACAAUAAUAUGUUAAAUAUAAAUAAUAAUAGAAAAUUAAAUAUAAAUAAAAAUUAUAAUCAAAUAAGAAAUAUACAAUCAAUUAAUACAGAAGAUAGAUUAGAUAAUAAUGAAGAAAAUAUGAUAGGGGUAAAUAAUAAUAAAAACAUUACACCUAAUUUAUUAAAUAACAUGUAUAUGAAUAAUGAAAAUAUAGAUAAUAUCAAUAAUAUGAAUUAUCUAGAUGAUAAUAAAAAUUUUAAUAAUCCUUUAAUUAAUAAUAUUUCAACUAAUAGCACUAACUUAAAUGAUAUUAAAAAUAUAUCUUUUAAUAAAAAUAUUAAUUCUUCAAAAUUACCAAAUAAUGUUCUUAUCUCAAAAAACGUUAAUAAUAUUCAUAGGAUAGAUGGAAAUACAUCAGUUUUAAAAUCUUCAAAUUUUGAUGAUCCUAGUGAUAUGCUAAUGAAUUAUCAAGAAAAUGAUUUAAAUGAUUUUGCAAAUGAAAAUAAUUGGAAUAAUAACAUGUCUUUUGCUGAUAAUUUUAAAAGUAGUGCUUCCGAUGAUAAAAUAGAUGAUAAAAAUGAAUGUACGAGUGUAUAUAUGAAUACUUUGAGAAUAACAUUGGAUGAUGAUAAAAAUGUAAUAAAACAAGAUAAUGAAAAAGGAGAUUUAUUAUACAUUAACGAAAAUUACAGAGAUAAUAUAGAAAUAAAUGAUAGUAAAAAAAAUAUUAGAAAAGAAUUAACUAAAGAAGAAAAAUUACACGAAUGGCUUGAAAAACAACUUGUUAAUCAAACUAAUAUUAUAUCAGAUGCAUUUCAUCUAAUUCCUAUAUUUUCAAAAAACAUAGAAAAAUCAAAUUUUAAAAAUAAUUUUAUAGAUAAUAAUCCCGAUGAAGAAACUAUGGCUAAUUAUACAACAAAUUCAAUAAAUUCUAAAUUAAAUUCUCAUAAAGACAUAGAAAAGAAAUACAUAGAUGAUUUGUUUUUAAGUUUAAAAAAUAGUUCAAGAGAUAACUUUUCCUUUAAAGAAAAAAUGUCAUAUAAAAUUUUAGAAUUAGAAGAUUUAAAUAAUCCAGAUGAUAAUGAUACUUAUAUUACUACAACUAAUAAUAAUACACUUAAUGAUUUAAAUGAACAAAUGAUAGUAGAUAAAAAUUAUUUAAAUCAUUUAAGAGAUUUCAUAUUAUCGACUAAUGAAUUUUAUAAAGAAAAGAAUAAUUUAUUAGAGAAAGAAAAUAAAGAAGAAUGUAGUAAUUCAAAAAGUAAUAACUCCUGUUUUUCAUCAAAUAUGAUCAAUGAAAUAUCUGAAGAAAAUAAUAAUUUCUUAACGGAUUUUGAAUGUAUGAAUGAAAAUUUAUUCGUAUAUGUAAAUGAUGAAAAAAGUAAUAAUUCGAAUAUGACACAAGUUGAUUUAUGUAAUAAUAAUUAUGAUUGUGACGAUAAUGAUGAAAAUAGAAACAAUUAUUUUUUAAAUCUUAUGAAAUCUAAUAUAAAAAAUCCUCUCUCAUUAAAAACAGAUUCUUGUAAGAAUAACAAAUUAGAACAAGAACAAAUUACUAUAACAGAUACAGAUUCAAAGAAGUUAAAUGAACAGCUUUUACAAUUAAAGAAAAAUACAAAUUUUUUAUUAAAUAAAAAGAAUUUCAGUUAUAAAUUUUAUUUACUUUCUUUAAUGUUACAAAAAUAUUUUAACACAAAAAAUGUUUAUCAAAAAAAUAAUAUUUUAAAUGAUAAAAUGAAUAUUUCUUCAAUUAAUUUAUUUUUUUUAAAUAACUAUACUGUAACAUCAGAAGAUAUCAAUUAUCCGUAUUAA